AUGCAGAGGUCCUCUUCAAUUUUAAAACAAUCUAAAGUAGAAAAUGAUAUAGUUGCAAGAGAAGUUUUGCAUUAUAAAAAGACGGAUAAAUUUCCAGAGUAUACCCCCUUAAAAAAUUUUCCUAAUGCUACAUCUUCAAAUUGUAACUCUACAUCAUUCUCAAUAACUAGUAAACUUCUUUUGAUUAUUAUGAUUUUAUCUCUAAUUAUGUUUGGAGCUAUUUUACACCGUAUUUUCAUAACUCUGAGCUUUUCUAGCAAAAAUGAAAUUGUACAACAACAGGAAAAUGUUAAGGAAGAAAAUAUUAUACCUGAAAAUUCAGUAUCAGAUGAUAAAAUAAAAGAUAAUGAAGUUAUAUCUGCUAAUGAAUUUGAAUUAAAUACAAAAUACCAAGAAGAAGAAGAACCUAUUUGGAAAUCUUAUCAUAUGCUUCGUAAAAAGUAUGCAAAUACUGAAAAUGAUGAAAGUAUUAAGAGACGGUUGAAGAAUUUACGAAGACGAUAUAAAUAUUAUGAGAUGGAAAAUAGACAAAAUAUACCUAAUACUAAUAUAUAUAAGACUCUAAAGAUAUCAUCUAAUAAGGAUAAUUUAUCUAAUCCUAUAUAUGAAGUUAGUCAGAUAGAUAAACAGAAAAAUCGUUCUUCAGUUGUUUAUAAGGGAUUUAGAGGGAUUAAGGAUGAAUCUAUUCAAUCCAAUGAAUAUAAUUUCAUUUAG